GAAUACUCGAGCUAUAGAUACAUAUACUCAUAAUGAGUCUUAUCGCGCUACGGAGCAUGUCCCACAAUUAUUUAUGGGUGUCCCUUUAACUGUACACCAAAGAAUAAAUAUGAGACCCAAAGCCUCGAAAGUCAGAUGUUUUGCCUGCAACAACUUUGGAGUUUCAUAAGGCUUCACUGAGAAGAAAGAAAAAUAGCCUUCAUCAAUCGCUCAUUCACGCCAUUACGAAAUCAAUUCGAGGCCAUAUACCUUCAGACCUACUCCAACCACACACAAUGGAUUCUCCCAACUACCCACUGCCAUCAGGGCUCCAUCCCAUCCCGCCCCAUCUACUCGACUUACGCCCAGACUCCGAGGUUGACCAUGAUCUCCUACACCCCAAACCCGUCUCAGACGAGAAGAACGUCUGGUUUUUCUGGCACUCCGGCUACACGCAGAUGCACCCCUACACCCAGCGAAACAUCCGCGCCUGGCACCGGCGUUUCUCCAAGCAAGGCUGGACCAUUCGCGUUCUCGAUAGGCUAUCCCCUUACCCUUUAAAUGUGGCGAACUUCCUCGAUAUCUCAGACCCGGAUACUUUCCCCCGUGCCUUUGUGGAUGGCACUAUUGGCGGAGACUAUGCGCCGCAGCAUACAUCUGACCUCGUUCGCUGGCCGCUCCUGCUGAAGUAUGGCGGAGUAUAUGCGGAUGUGGGGCUGAUGCAGAUUGGGGACUUGGAUAGGAUGUGGCGUGAGACGGUCGGCAAUCCGGCUUCGCCGUUUGAGGUGUUGUCGUAUAAUAUGGGAGGCGUAGAGGGGCGAGGUCUGACGAAUUAUUUCCUGGCGUGUCUCCCUAAUAAUCCGCUGUUUGAGCGAUGCCAUAAACUGUUCCAGGCUUUAUGGGCUGAGGACGGCGGGAAAACGAGCACCGACGGGAUGCACAGCAGCCCAUUGUUAAAGGGUCUGCCGAUGAUGGGAGGUUCAUUUACGAUUGAGGAGGAGGAUAAAAAGAUUGGACCGGAGGAGGUGAGCAAGAUGUUGACGGAUUAUAUCAUUCAGGGGCAGGCUAUGACAAUGGUCAUGGGCCUUGUUGACGACGAGGACGGCUGGAAUGGACCUAAGUACGUUGCUGAGCACGUAUAUGCCAUCGACUACAUGGUGGGUUCGCAACUCAUCAACGAGAUCACAGGAUGGGAUGGGCGGAAGGCGUUCGAUCUGAUGUCGCUGUCGCUUCCCAAAGAAGGUGAGACUGAGAGCGCGGAACAAAAACAGGCAAGAGAAAUAGUCGAGGCUUGCCUAGGGAAGAGUUUUGGGUUUAAGCUAGCUCAUGGGUUGAUUUUGAGAGUUUUCAAAGAGACUUUGGGGUCGUUAUGGAGGAAGCACGAAGGGUCAGACGAUAUCCCCGGGACGUAUGCGCAUUGGUUCAGGCACGGGACUACGUAUUGGAACCAAGAUGGACUACCGCCAAGGUUGGAAUUUGAGGUCAUUGAGCCGUUUAAAAGUGGCCCAUUGCUGAGAGAGGUGUAAAUAGUGAGUUUUUGAAGGUGUAACGUGGACUUUAUUUGGUUAGCUUCGAG